AUGGAGUCUGUUCACAUUUUCAGCCGUGAGUCUCUAAAAUGUACUCUUCAUUUUGUGGAAUCUCCUGUUGGUACUGCAGUAUACAUCGUCUCCUUGUGUAAUCUUGUUUUCUCAUCACUGGUAGUUUAUUUAAUUUGAAUUUAAAAAUUAAAGAAACUUAACUGGUGAGAAGACGGGAUUCUUUUUCCAUUUACAGCCAGAUUGCUCCUAUAUAUAGAUAAUGGGUUAUAAACUUAUAGCAGCCGGCAGCUGAUUGGCUCCCAUCAGUAAUACAACUAAAGGCAUGAGAUCUUCUCAUACAUGCUCAACGUUCUGUGCUUCACUACUAAACCCUAUGAAGAUGUGGCCUGGGAAAAUAAAUACCGUAGGUUGCUCCCUGAGACAUGCCUAGUUAAAUUAGCCAACUUAUCCAUUUUCUUCCUUGGUUUGUACUGGAAAUAAUGUUUACAUAUUAGAUACGUAUGUAUGAACAGGUGAUUUGGGCAUAUGCUUCUAAGUAAACCAAACACAAGUAUCUCUGAAAAUGCUCAGCAGCUCAGAUGAUGGGUGAGGAAGAGUUCUAUCCAGAAGCAUAAUUCAGACAUCAACAGUAGCUUUGCAAUUCGGAUGUGUGCCAUUGUGGGUCUAGAUGAGUCUUCUGCUGCUUUGGCAUUUUCCACUUUUGCUCGUGGCCCCAUAAAUUAGCAAUGGAAAAGGCAACCCUAGGGAUUUCUGCCUCGUGGAAAAAGGGCAAAUUAAAAUUUCUGCAUCAGACCCAGUUUUGAGACUCAAGACAAAGAAAGAAAAUUGCUAAAUGUUUACUGCACCCAUUAAUGACAAUUUGAAAAACACAUGAAAUCCUACUUGUAAUGUCCUGUGACCCAAUAUUUUCAUUCAUUAAUGCAUUCAUCUACCACCUUUUAAUACAAGCAUUUCCCAGGUGGUUCAUAGGAUUCAAACUUGCCCAACUGUAUCCCGAUUCCAGGCCAAAAGCAAGCAGAGAUCAGUGGCCUCACAGUCUGCAUUAUCCCUUUGUCCUUCAGCCUCACUCCAGGUAGCUGGGACUUCCCAAAUGGCUCUGUCACUUGCUCAGGUGAGUAGUCCUACUUGCCGAGAGAGUGAUUUGGGAGGGCUGUAAUUUUCCCCUUUCAAUGGACUUCUGGUCCAGCCUAGCAAUACAUUAAUAUGGUAUUCCUGAUAAGUGGAAACAAGUAAGUACCUGCUGUUCAGUAUGAAAUUCUUACACAGAAAUCUGUGGCUGGCUCAGAAGAUGGCUACUCUAUAAAGGUACAAUUCACUAUUCCUGAUUUGGCAAAACUAAACCUCCUGUGAACAGUGUACAGUUACUUCAACUAUAUAUGAUUGUAGAUGUAUGUGAUCACCAUGCUUUUAAACGCUUUUCCCUUGUUGUUUUUCAUUAAGCAUAAAUUUCACAGUUAUGGAAUUUUAAUGUGUGUGGUAAGUUAAAUGAAAAAUAUGAAACAUUUCUUUGUUUUAUUGCAGUCUCUAUUUUUCUUCUUCCCAGAAAGAAAACCAGCUCUAGAAAAUCUGUGUACAAUCUUUUCCUCACUCCCGCAGCAAGUGAGCAAUAUUAUAGAUCAGAUUUGAUUUGAUUUCUGCUCAUUCAGAAAGAGAAUGUAAGCAAAUGUGGGUUAAACUGGAAACAAAUGGUUAAAGAAAUGAAACAUUGCUUUUUGUUCUUAUUGCUUAUUCUUCUUUGGUAACUGAAAAAUCUUCAAAUAAAAUAAUAAAAACAUUUUAAUCAAGAAAUCCCUAUACAGUGGUGCCCCGCAAGACGAAUGCCUCGCAAGACGGAAAACCCGCUAGACGAAAGGGUUUUCCGUUUUUGAGUUGCUUCGCAGGACGAAUUUCCCUAUGGGCUUGCUUCGCAAGACGAAAAUGUCUUGCGAGUCUUGAGAUUUUUUUCGCUUUUCCCCUUUAUCUAAGCCGCUAAGCCUUUAAUAGCCUUUUAGCAGCUAAUCCGAUAAGCCGAUAAGCCUUUAAUAGCCGCUAAACCGCUAAUAGCGCUAAUCCGUUAAGCCGCUAAUAGGGUUGCUUCGCAAGACGAAAAAACCGCUAGACGAAGACUCUCGCGGAACGGAUUAAUUUCGUCUUGCGAGGCACCACUGUAGUGGUCCGUUAAAACCAAUUGCCGUACGAUAAAUUACAAGUAAGAUUGUUGAGGGUGUUUUCUGAACAGUUGAUUUUUUUCCCUCCCUUGCUUUUACAAAUGUUACUUUUGCUAUAAAUCUUUUUCAGCAAAACCACACCCUAAAAAGUGUGAUCCUGAAAUUAGAUAUGCCAUAA